AUGAAUUGGCUAACGGAGAUCGAUAAGAUCUUCAAUGUCAUGGAGUGUCUUCUCGCUCAGAAGGUGAGGUUGGCCACCUUCAUGUUGACUGCUGAUGCCCACUUUUGGUGGGAAGGAGUACUUCAGAGAAUGAUUGAUGGAAGGGUGCACUUGAAUUGCGACAACUCCAAGAGGGUCUUCCUUGAGAAGUAUUUCCCGGAUAAUGUGAGGAGUCAGAAAGAAGUGGAAUUCCUUGAGCUGACGCAAGGGAAUGACACAGUGGCAGAGUAUGCUUCCAAAUGUGAUGUUUUGGUUUGCUAUUGUACUCACUACCAUGGCGAGGGUGGUGAAAGAGCUAAGUGCAUAAAGUUUGUAAAUGGUCUGCGUCCUGAGGUGAAGACUGCAAUUAACUAUCAAGAGAUCUAUCACUUUCCUACUUUGGUCAAUAAGUGUAGCAUUUAUAAUCAUGACAACGGUGCUCGUGCUGCUUUCUACAAAGGAGUUGGAGGUCCUAUCCAUGUUGCAAGUUCUAAUGCUUCGAGUAGGAGUAAGCCUUACUCCGCUCCUUCUAGAUUCCAAGGGAGUAAAGUUGCUACUAGUGGAAGCAAGUCAUUUACUAGAGGAUCCAUUGUUAGUGCUACUGGAAGUGUUGGAGGGUUUGUGUCAACUCCUUCAGGCAAAUGCUGGAAGUAUGGGUGUGCUGGUCAUAAUUAG